UCGACGCCAAGUCGCCAACGCGCGUCGCGUUAUCUGCGAAUAUAGAAGAAUUUAAAAUAGCUCAUUUGAAACAAAAAGAAAAAAGCAACAUACAAAGCGUAUAGAGUUCAUAAAGUGUUGUUUGGCGAUACGAACGCAGCUGAGCCGACUGUGCCAUUGGCCGAUUUUGUUGUGCCGCCGAACUCGGAACUGGAAGAGCCAAUUGUGCCGCUCGCCCAGCCGCCCAAGAUGAGUGAAACGCCCGCUUUGCCCGCUGCCACGCCUACGGCAACAACAGCGGCAACAGCAACAUCAACAGCAACAGCUCCGAAUGCUGGCAAUGACAACACAGCUGUAGCCAAGCCAAGCACCAGUAGUGAGGACAGCAUCUUCUCCAUAAUAUAUUCGGUGGGCAAGAAGGUGGCCAUUGUGGGCUCCAUAUAUCUGGUUGGGUACAUGGGCUGGUCCGUCGCCUGGCUUAUAGCUCCCGUCAUUUUGUCUGUGGCCCGGGAUCAGCUGGCCAAGACAUCGGAGAAGAAGCGUGACAUAGCCAAGGCAUCGGCUCUGGCCUCGGAAAAGGAUGUGAUUCUAGCCCGCAUCGACGAGCUGCCCGCCUGGGUCUACUUUCCGGAUGUGGAGCGCGCCGAGUGGUUGAAUAAGAUUCUGAAGCAGGUUUGGCCCAAUGCCAAUCACUUUGCUCGCACCUUGGUCAAGGAGACAAUUGAGCCAAAUGUCGCUUUGGCUCUGUCGCAGUACAAGAUGAAUGGCUUCCGCUUCGAUCGAAUUAUAUUGGGCACGAUUCCACCACGCAUCGGCGGCGUCAAGAUCUACGAUAAGAACGUGGACCGCAACGAGAUUAUAAUGGACCUGGAUUUGUUCUAUGCCAGCGAUUGCGACAUCAAUUUCUAUCUGGGCGGCAUGAAGGGCGGCAUCAAGGACUUCCAGAUUCACGGCUGGGUGCGUGUUGUGAUGAAGCCCCUGAUACGCUCCAUGCCGCUGGUAGGCGGUCUGCAGAUCUUCUUCCUCAACAAUCCGAAUAUUGACUUCAAUCUGGUGGGAGUGAUCGACUUUAUGGAUAUGCCAGGACUCUCCGAUCUGCUGCGUCGCAUCAUUGUGGAGCAAAUUGGCAAUGUGAUGGUGCUGCCCAACAAGCUGCCAAUAUCCCUCAGUGACGAGGUCUCCGCUGUCUCCCUCAAAAUGCCCGAGCCAGAGGGUCUACUGCGCAUACACGUCGUCGAGGCAAAGAAUCUGAUGAAGAAGGACAUCAGCGUGCUGGGCAAGGGCAAAUCGGAUCCGUAUGCCAUUGUCAAUGUGGGCGCACAGGAGUUUAGGACACAGAUCAUUGACAAUAAUGUGAAUCCCAAAUGGGAUUAUUGGUGUGAGGCGGGUAUUUUUACCAGCAUCAAUCACUUGGUUGGUUUUUCUUUGUGGGACUAUGAUCAAAGUAUGCCCGGCGUGCAGGCUGAUGAUGUAUUGGGCAGAGCCUCAAUCGAUAUAUCCAGCGUGAUCAAGAAGGGAGUUCUCGAUACUUGGCUUGCUCUAGAGGAUGCCAAGCAUGGCGAUCUGCAUGUGCGGCUUCAGUGGUAUAAAUUGACCGCCGAUCCGAAUGCUCUGCAGCAAAUCCUACUGGAAACUCAACUGUUGCGCGUGACGACCAUGAGUUCGGCUGUGCUCAGCGUGUUUAUUGACUCCGCCAGGCAUCUGAAGCAAGCACGUGCCAACUCCAAGCCCGAUCCCUACUUGGUCUGCAGCGUGAACAAGCAAAAGAAACAGACUGCAAUGAUCCUGCGCGAUGAUUCGCCCGUCUGGGAACAGGGCUUCACCUUCCUGGUGACCAAUCCGAAUAACGAGAGCCUCAACCUCAAGAUCUAUGACCAGAAGACAGGCAACGAUAUUGGCCAAUACACCUACUCGCUCAGCACUCUGCUAAAGCAGUUCAACAUGGAGGUCAUACAGCAGCCGUUCCAGCUGCAAAAGUCUGGACCCGAAUCGAGGCUAUAUAUGUCACUGUCUCUGCGCAUUUUAAAGGCUGGCGAAAUCGACAAUGAGUCCGAAGCCUUGGAGCAGAUCGCAGCCCUGCAACGCAGCACAUCCGUUAAGACGCCCGAUACACCAGCAUUAGCUAGUCAAAUAUCCAAAGACGACCAGGUCAAGAUUAAGCGCCUCUCCGCAGAAACCCCGAUCACUGAGGAGGAACCCGUCAAGAGCACAACAAUAAUCCCAGCAUCCGCAUCGCUGGAGAAACCAAUUAGCGAGCUGGCCAGCUCGACGCUGACCCAUCGCAUGCCCGACACCAUUUCUACGGCUGGGGAUCAUGGCUUGGGUCGCAUACAGCUGACCAUCACGUACUCGGCACAGCGGCAAAAGCUCGACGUGACCAUACACAAGAUCAUGAAUAUACCGUUGCGUGAUCCGAGCAGCAUACCGGAUCCGUAUGUGAAGCUGUAUUUGCUGCCCGGUCGCAGCAAGGAGUCCAAGCGCAAGACCAGCAUCAUCAAGGACAAUUGCAAUCCCGUCUACGAUGCAUCCUUUGAAUACCUCAUUUCGAUUGCCGAGCUGCGGCACACAGAGCUCGAAGUGACCGUCUGCACACAGAAGGGUUUCCUAUCCAGUGGCAGUCCCAUCAUUGGCAUGCUUAAAAUACCGUUGGAUGACAGCGAAAUAACAACACCCGCUGGCCUAAAGUCCUGGUUCGAUUUGCAGCCAGAGCUGAAACAUGAAUAAAUUAGCUGGAGUUGGAAAGGUAUCCUCUCGACAGCACAAUCAACUGAACAUUUGACACUAUUUUUUUGUAUUUGUUGUGUAUAAAAGAAAGAAGAAUGUAUUUAUAACUCUCAUAAGCAAAACUGUUUGGUCUUUCAACAGUAGAACCAAAACUCUCUUAGUCGUGCCUCUAAAUCUCUAUUUUCUAUUGUAGUUUAAAUAAGCGAACAAUUUGUGUUUACAACUGUAAUAAAUGUGUAUUUAAAAAGCUAAUAAA